GGUACUGGCUAUUAACAAUAUUUGAAAAGUGACGUAACUCGUUCGGAACGUUAGGAUGUCAACUUGUUGUCUCGAUUGUUAGAUUGUCCUGUCCUCACGUUUGUGUAAUUUUUGAUUGCUGUCGAUUCUCUUCUCCUCACAUUACACUAGCAAACAAUCUACUUUCAGACUAAGUGUAAACUUGUCGAAGACUGAAUAUUUUAGUUCUUCACCUAUUUUCUAUGUUCAUGUUAGUACUUCGAGCCGUUGUUUUCCUAGUCUGGAUCCUUUCUUUUCUGAAAUUUUAUAAUAGUUAAAUAUUCGACAAAUGGAACCACAUGGUCUUUAGACCAUUUUCCAUGCACUCUUUAGAGUGGAAAAAAUGGCGAGACUCUAAUUUAGGGACGAGUCAAUCAGAAGCGUUUGCGCAAUUUCAAGGUCACGGAGCCAAGUCCAACACGCGCUGCUAACAUACGAUCGGUUCACAGCGGAUUUUAGAGAAUGGAGGCAUUAAAGUCACUUACGAACUUCACUGACAAGUUUUACGAACAAAUAUUAAAUGAAACUCAUGGUCAAUGGAAAAAUGUUUUUCUCUCGCCGUUCAAUAUCUAUACUGCCCUCGGAAUGGUUCUUUCAGGCAGUGGAAACAAUACGAAAGCCGAGAUGAUAAAGGCAAUGCAAUUGUCUGACUGUUUAGAACAUGAUCAAGUUCAUCAUGAGAUUGCUCAACUUCUAAAUGAUUGUUCGAAACCUAGUGAAGGUGUUAAUAUAAUCCUUGCUAAUAGAUUGUUCGUUGCACAAAAUGUGAGAAUCAAGGAACAGUUCAAAACUAAUCUGAAGACAUACUACGAUGCUCCAACAGAACGUGUGGCAUUUGAGACUGACAUAGAAGGUUCUCGAAACCGGAUAAACCAGUGGGUUAGUAAACAAACUAAAGGACAAAUUCAAGAACUGCUUUCACCCGGUUCUUUAACAAAGGACACGUCUGCUGUAGUGACAGCUACUACAUACUUCAAAGGUUUAUGGAAUAUGUGUUUUCCUGAAGAUAACUCACAUACUAGCGAGUUUUAUGAAUUGAAUGGAUCAAAAAUGAGUGUGAAGUUGAUGUAUAACGAAUCAUAUUUCGAUAUGGUCAGUUUACCCCACUUGAGGUCACGUGCUGCGAAGAUACCAUUUAAAGACCCUAAGUUUACGUUAUUGAUCAUUCUUCCAGAUGCAAAUGACGGAUUGCCCGAUUUACUGGAUUCAAUGUAUAAACAUGGUGGAAUUUCUUCAAUACUUUCCACGAGUUUUCAAAAUACAAAAAUGCGUUUGUAUUUGCCUAAAUUUAGAUUAAGAGAAGGUUAUGCAAUAAAACUGAAAGAUCAUCUGCGGAAAUUGGGAAUAAACGAUGCAUUCUGUCCUUUAUCAGCUGAUUUUUCAAAUGUUUCUGACUCAGAUAGGAUGUGUAUAUCAGAUGUGAUGCAUAAAGCUGUUUUUGAAGUGGAUGAAAAAGGUGCAGUGGCGGCUGCAGCUACAGCGACACAAAUGGUAUACUGCACAUCUCUGAGACCUCACAAACCUGUACCAGAAUUUCGUGUUGAUCAUCCAUUCUUUAUUUCAAUUGUUUGGAAUAAUUGUCUACCAAUAUUUCUUGGACAUAUUACAUCACCAUUGAAUGACUAAUAAUAAGAAAAGUUGAUCAUUUAUUAGCUUACAAGAAUGAUCAAAUUGCCUACUAUUGAUUUUGUUAUUCAUAUAUGACUAGUAAUGAUUUUAAUGAGAGAAUUCAUUUCACUUAAAUUUCUGUGAUCAUGUAUUUUUUGAAGUUUUCUAAAAAAAUGUUUUGAUGAUUUUUUAAUUUUUUUUCUAUAAUAUGACUUUUAUGUUCACAUGGUUACUGAUCAGUAACUAAUAAAACUUUGUUCUGUUCUUCA